UGAUUAGCAGUCACUGAGGCCAGGGGAAAACAAGUGUUGAUUGGAUCUUCUGUACUGGAGAAACAGACCAUUUCCAGAGUCAAGUACAGUAAUGAGAAUCUCAGACUCAAUUCUGGACAUGGAUAUGGCAAACUACUCUGAAGUCUUAGAUCCAAGUUGCACUAAUUUAGAGUUUGAAACCAUGCAGGUGUUAUACAAUGGCAAUGACAGUUGUUCAGCAGAACCAUUCAACAUGAACAGUACUGACAGUGCAGUUGGUGGUAUUUGUGCAAUAUGUGAGGACCGAGCAACUGGCAAGCAUUAUGGUGCCUCUAGUUGUGAUGGAUGCAAAGGUUUCUUCCGCCGCAGCAUACGAAAGAACCAUGUUUACAGCUGCAGAUUUAGCCGGCAAUGUAUUGUUGAUAAGGACAAGAGAAAUCAAUGCAGAUACUGUCGCUUGAAAAAGUGCUUUUGUGCUGGGAUGAAGAAGGAAGCUGUUCAGAACGAACGGGACCGAAUAAGUACCAGGCGAAGUGCCUCAGAUGGCAACACCCCUCCUUCUAUUAACACCCUGUGCCAGGCUGAAGUGCUUUCUCGUCAGAUUCCUCUUUCAGGUCUCAAUGUUGGCACUACUGACAUCAGUGUUAAGAAAAUUGCAGGUAUUAGUGAUAUCUGUGAAUCUAUGAAGCAACAGCUCUUGAUUCUUGUAGAGUGGGCAAAAUAUAUUCCAGCUUUCUGUGAAUUACGGCUGGAUGAUCAGGUUGCCCUGUUAAGAGCACAUGCUGGAGAGCAUCUUUUACUUGGAGCAGCAAAAAGGUCUAUGGCUUACAAAGACAUCAUUCUUUUAGGUAAUGAUUUUGUUAUCCAUCGCAACAGUUCUGAAAUUGAGAUUAGCAGAGUAGCAAACCGGAUCCUGGAUGAGCUAAUACGACCAUUUCAGGAAAUUCAGAUCGAUGAUAAUGAAUACGCGUGUCUAAAAGCAAUUGUUUUUUUUGAUCCAGAUGCAAAAGGACUGAGUAACCCAAUGAAGAUCAAGAACAUGAGGUUUCAAGUUCAAAUCAGUUUGGAGGAUUACAUCAAUGACCACCAGUAUGAUUCCAGGGGUCGUUUCGGAGAACUCCUUUUGCUUUUGCCCAUGGUCCAGAGUAUUACCUGGCAAAUGAUUGAGCAAAUACAAUUUGUAAAGCUGUUCGGUAUGGUUAAAAUUGACAGUUUACUUCAGGAAAUGUUGCUUGGAGGUACGUUUAAUGAUGCUACUAAUCUCCACCCAAUCCAUCCUCAUCUAGCCCAGGAUCCAGUUACUGGGCAAACCUUGCUUGUAAGUUCAGUAACAGCUCCUGUUCAUAUGGAACAGAUAGCAACUCCUGAAACUCCACUACCUUCACCUCCACAAGGCUCUGGCCAGGAAUACAAGAUAUCUCCAAACCAAGUUACAGUUAUUUCACAGCAAUCUCUUCCAAAACAAAAAAUGUUGUGAUAUUGAUCGAUGGGUCUUUUAUAAUAUAAGCACUGCAUUAACAAUUAUGACACUGGAAAACUCAGGGCAGAGAACUUCAAUCCAGUAGUAAAGAGAUAAUGAAAAGGGCUUUGGUUUUAUUUGUUUGUUUUUGUUAUAAUUUUUGCUCACAAUAUUAAAUGCCUGAAUUCAGAUGUAAUUUGUGGAUGUUAAUAGUUGAAAGCUGUGCCUUGUUUGUAAUGCAUUUGAAUAAUCAUUGAAGAGUAUUAAUAUAUUGUCCCUUCAUAUCAUGUGUCAUCUUAACUGUUACAAAUUAGUAGCAGAAUGCAAACCUGAUUUCAAUAAAAUUACUGGCUGAAAUAUAGAAAUAAUGAAAAAGCAAAGCAAGCAGUUUUAACAGUUAAUCAAAACAGUUAUUCCAUUUUCUUGAAUACAGAACAGAGGUUGACUGCCAAAAUGUUUCCUACCAGGCUUGGUAUGACUUAUGUAAGUAUCAUGUAGUGACACCUUGAACAGGAGAUGUUACUACAGAAAAGGCUGUGGCUGCUGGUACUUGCCAACCAGUGGAUCCAUGGAGCAUCAUUCCCAAGCAAAUGUGCCGAGGCUUGCAAGCUGUUUGAAAACAAAUCUUAGUAACUGUUUGCCUUGUGUUCCUCUGGGAAGCCUAAGUGCUGGAUUUCCCUGGUGGUCUCAUUCCAUGUACUCACCUGAACUCAUCUAAUUUAAAUGCCAAUUUUUUUAUGCUAUGUGCAAUCUUGGUCAAUGACCACUUUAAAGAUACUGGUCUAUCUGAAUCUGAAUGAUUUCCUAGGAUGGCAAAGGUUUUUCACGAUUCAGAAAUGAAAACCUUUGCUCUUUUAGAACUCUUUUGUAUUGUUAUCUAUUUUACACAAACUACUCUUUUUUAAAGAAAAAAGUGUAUUGUAAUUUAUUGAGAAAUGAUUUAUUUUCUAAAUGUAGAAUUAUUUUUGUAUGUCUAAUUGUAUAAAAUCAAAAUUACUAGCUUUGUUUCAAAUGGUAUUGUGUUAAGUUGUUUGAAUAUGAUGUAAUGUAUGAAUAUAGGCUUGAGUAGCCAUGAAAUGGGUACCGCAAAUGUUUUUAGACUGUUUUUCAUCAAUGCUCAAUAAACAGAUAUUGAAAACAUA